CUUCUAUUGGCAGUCACUAGUCCCUCGGUUAUGGACGCCAAGCUAUGUUGUUCUGUGCUUAAACAUGGCGCAAUUAUAUUCAGCUCUCGCGCAACAAGAUCACAGAGCUUAAAAGCGGGGUGCGUCCUAUAAUAAGGAUUUUCAAGUUCAUCUAAUCCCAUCCGUAUUCUGAAUAAAGGAUAUUCAGCAUUCAGUAUUCAAUUCGCAGUUCAAUAUGUUUCAGACCCGUCUUAAUUCAACAUCGCGAGCUUUCGUCAACUCGCAGCGCUCUUCGAAAUUGAGUCUCAGUCUACGUCGAUUUUCCGCUUCUCCAGCUUAUCUCCAGCGCCUCCCAGUCCAGAUCUCUGGCCAAGGAAGCGGCACCAUUCAAACCAUCUCUGUCAAAGACAAGCCGUACACAUUCUCAACCGACACCUACACCGUCAUCGGCGGUCAGGACUCGCAUCCCUCGCCCGUUGCUUACGCACUCGCCAGUCUGAGCUCGUGCAACCAGGUUACGGGCGCCCUCGUGGCCAAGAACCACGGGCUCACGCUGGGCAAGUGGCGCGUCUCGGUCGAGGGCCAGCUCCCCACUGCGGUGCUGGUGGGCGGUGAGCAGGGCAAUCCGAACUGGGAGAGCGUGGACCUGGAGGUGUACGUGCAGACCAGUGCAGACGGUCCCGCGUUUCAGCAUUUUGUUGCUGAGGUUGAACGGAGGUGCCCCAUUACGCAGCUUUUCAAACGCAGCGGUGUGGCGUAUACAAGCAAGUGGACAAAUGAGCCGCUGUGAGAGCCAGCUUCUGCUGUUUAUGUAACGGAGCCUUCUUCACCGCGCGCGAGGGAAGAAGUUCAGGGCGGAAACAGAGUAUAUGUUAAAUAGAAGGCAUAGACUGGGGUGUCAUGUGUAGGCCAGGGGGUCUUGAGAUUACGCAUGGAGACAACAGACCCGCCAGGGUAGAUUUUACAUAGCACAUGAUGAAUAUACCAG